AUGUCGGAACUACUUCAGAACUGGCUGAACAACGAGGUCGGCCUGUCAACAAAUGUCUCCAAUUUCGAGAAGGACUUCGCAUCUGGCUACCUCUUCGGCGAGAUCCUGCACAAGUUUUGGCAGGCAGAUUCGGAGCAGUUUCAGAACAAGAAUUCACAUCAAGCGAAAAUCGCCAACUUUAAGACGCUGGAACCUAUCCUGAAGGCGUUGGGCAUCAAGUGCAAUGCCACGCUGAUCAAUGCAGUGAUGAAUGGCGAGCGCGGAGCGGCGUUGAGGCUCCUCUACCAGCUGAAAAUGGCAUCGGAGAGGAGCGAACGACCGAUCCUGGCUCUGCAGGCAUCGUCGCUGGAGACGCAGGUAAGACAAGCCCGCAUGGAGAAGCUGACCCGGAAGUUCGAGUUGGAGAAGCACAAGCAAGAGAUUGUGGCUUACGAAAUGGACGUCAUCGAGCAGGCCCACGUGGAGGAGCAGCGCCAGAUCCACCGCUUCAGCUUGCGCGAGCGGCUGCGACAGAACCGGGCUGCCAAGGACGAGUGGGAGGCUCGAGGGCAGGAGCUCUGGCAGGAGAACAUGAAGGUGCGCAUGGCCAGGGAGAGUGCAGAGGCCCGGUUCAACGAGGUCGUUUUCAAGAAGCAGAAGGAGAAGGACCGGCAGACGCGUUCCUUAGCCACCUCGGAGGUCCUCCAAGGUACGAAGGACUUCGAAACCGGCUUGAUCAGCUUGGGGCUCUCGCGGAAGCUGGAGGCUCUCUCUCAUCUCUACCGAGCCGUAGCACAUGAGAGGACUGUUGCGAGCAAGCGGUACUGCUUUGCACAGAACAGGCGUAUUUCCGCAGCUCCUGCAGUUCGCCCUGUGGGCUCAGAAGAUAUCCCGCAAAUCCUUAAGUUGAGCUUUGCAGGCGCCGGCCGGCAGUCUCUUGCUCCGCCACAUGCUCUGGCCAAGGCUGUGUCAGGCUCCUCCGGCUUUGGCUUCGGUUGUUUGGGAAAAAAGCGUUGCGUGGCUCGUGAAAGCAACGCGUCCCAGUCUGCGGGGGACAUGUCCCUUGUGAUUUGGUCUCUGACCCAGUGCUGCGUGGUCGUGGCCUCCGACGAGCCUGCGCGGACAGCUGCUGGGCACGGCUUUGCCAGGCUUAUAAUGGAGUGA